AUGGAGGGUGCAGCUGCAAGACUCCCACUCCAGGCCGCAGUGCAACGCGUCUGUCAUUGCUCCCGGGGCACCGGGCAGCAGCAGCAGCAGCACCCACCACCCCGGCCAAGGGAGCACCCAGAGAGCAGCCCUGCUUUAUGGAGGCCCUGGACACUCACAGCAAGAGAUGGUGAGAUGACAGAGAAUCAACAAAUGUCAGAACUGGAUGGUCAACUAGUAAAUUUUAGAUCAAAAGGAGCCCUGGGAUUUCAACAUCCUGUGAGACUUUAUUUGCCCAAGUCCAAAUCCCAAAAGUUUCUUAAUAACAUCGGAGAGAAGGUUCUGGCAAGUUUUCCAGUACAAGCUACAAUUCACUUCUACAAUGAUGAUGCCGACUCUGAAGAAGAUGAAGAAGAAAGUUCAGCCUAA